UUGGUUCGUUUCCUCUCGCUCUUUCAGUAUUCAACCACCACCUUUGGUGGGAUGUAGUUAGGUAAAUUCGUUCGAAACUAAGGAAAUUACGAUGCUCUCCAGUAAAGCAAAACACUAUUUACAUUGCCUUCUAUUUCUAAAUGUGAUAAUCUUUUUCGAAAUAUUUACUGGGGGCAUAAAGAGUUUCGGAGAAGGGGUGUUUGUACCGCCGACAGAGUUGAAUCCAUGGAUACAGUACGGUGUUUUCGGGGCUACACUUCUCUAUAUUUUAAGAUUUCUUACUUUUCUACCUCUGCCCCAAGUGAUUUUCAACUGUUUGGGUUUAACGCUGUACAACGCUUUUCCGGAAAAAGUGGUGUUGAAGGGAUCCCCGCUUCUUGCGCCUUUUAUUUGCAUCAGGAUCGUAACCAGAGGUGAUUUUCCGCAAUUGGUCAAAAACAAUGUUGUUCGGAACAUGAACAAAUGUUUGGAUGCAGGUUUGGAAAAUUUCCUGAUAGAAGUCGUAACGGAUAAAGCGAUAGGUCUGGAUACUCAUAGAAGGACUCGGGAAGUGGUGGUGCCGGCGGACUAUCGUACCAAAAGUGGCGCUUUAUACAAAGCCAGAGCCUUGCAGUACUGUUUGGAAGAUGGCGUGAAUAUUCUUAGCGAUAAUGAUUGGAUAGUACACCUCGACGAGGAAACCUUACUCACGGAAAAUUCAGUAAGAGGAAUUCUGAACUUUGUCAUGGAUGGUAAACAUCCAUUCGGCCAAGGGCUGAUCACGUACGCAAACGAAGAAGUCGUCAACUGGAUAACAACUUUAGCGGACAGUUUCCGCGUGACAGACGAUAUGGGAAAACUAAAAUUGCAGUUCUUGAUGUUCCACAAGCCUUAUUUCAGUUGGAAAGGCUCUUACGUUGUCACUCAGCUGGCUGCAGAAAAAGACGUCUCUUUUGAUAACGGCCUGGACGGCUCCAUUGCUGAAGACUGUUUCUUCGCUAUGCGCGCCUACAGCAAAGGCUACACCUUCAACUACAUCGAGGGUGAGAUGUGGGAGAAAUCGCCCUUUACCUUCUGGGACUUCAUCCAACAGAGAAAACGCUGGCUCCAGGGUAUCUCGCUCGUCGUCCAUUCCAAAGCCAUACCCGUCAAGAACAAGCUGCUCCUGGCGUGUUCCUGUUACUCGUGGUUGACGUUACCCUUAUCGGUAUCCAACUUGAUCAUAGCCGCUAAGUAUCCCAUACCUUGUCCUCCGUUCAUCGAUUUCGUCUGCGCGUUUAUCGGCGCUGUGAACAUCUACAUGUUCAUCUUCGGCGUCAUUAAAUCUUUCACGAUAUACAGAUUUGGGUUGUUUAAACUCACCCUGUGCAUUGUCGGUGCCGUCAUCGUCAUACCUUUUAAUUUAGUUAUCGAAAACAUAGCAGUGUUGUGGGGCAUUUUCGGAAAGAAACACAAAUUCUAUGUGGUGAAUAAAACGAACGGACCCUCGCUUACCAGUACCGUGUAACUGGUUAAAUUAUUAGAAAGCGUAGAGGAGUCACUACCCAGUGGUAUUUUUGUAACCUGUAAAUCAGGUCAAAUAAUUUUGUUGUUUUAAUUUUUUUUAAUUUUGUUAAAAAUAGAAAACAUACGAGUCCAAUAAAUGCCGUGCUUAUGAGAUGAACUCUUAAGAAUGAGAGUACCUUUUUCUAAACGACUUAGAAGAUUACGGCAGACCAGAGACCUGCCACAUCAUACGAGACAUCUGCUGUAUAUCAAUAAAAAUGACCAUCACAAUCUAUUAUGUAUUUAUUUCUCCGAUAAAUCCUUAAAAAAGUACUCCAGUGUCAAGAAUUAGAGCAGUAGCGUUUCUUGAUGACAUUUGUCACGCUAGAAGCCACCAAUCCGUCACAAAAUUGUAUACGUUUUAAUAAUUAUAUUCAAAUCACCUUCCCAUCUGAAAAAGUGCCUGUUUGCGCAUGACUUGCGCUUGUCACUUGUCAAGUUUGACAGCCUACUUGAAAUCUUGUCAAAUUCGACAGUUUUACAAUCUCUUUAGAGAUGUAAUUACAAUUAAUUCACUUUCACCAAAUACCUUAAUCCAAAUACAAAUACAUUAAUACACUUUUACCAAAAUUAUCAAUUUCUUUUAUUUUUAACAAAUAUCUAUUUGAGAGGAAUUUAUAAAAAAAAUUCUGUAUCUUAUUUAUGUUUAUUCUUUACAACUGAUUCUGAAUUCUGCCCGGUAUUAGCUUCAAUAUUUCUUCAGCAUUACCCUUCUCUUUUUACAUGUAAAAAACUCUUGGUUAUAUUAUAUUAAUUUGUUUUUCAUUUUUUCCGAUAAGGAAUUUGACAAGUUUUAAAUGUGACAACAGCGCAAUACUUAAUUAAAUUCCACUCUUCAUUAAUUGUCCACUAGAGGCACAUUGUUUUUGAUAGUGACUGCUGUCAACAAAUCUUUGCAGUAUUCAUACGUGACUCUUCCUAUAACUGACCACUUCCUAGAGAAACGCAUACGUUAAGUCUUGUUUUCUAUUUGUGGGUACAAACCGCCGGGAGAAGUGCUCUUAGCGUAUAUUUCGUUGACAAUUUAGAUAUAGGUAAUCAGUCUGACAGUUUCGCAUUAUCAGAUACAUAUCUGUUGUUUGUAGUAGAUACGCAGGAUUUACAUAUGAGUACAUUAGCAAAAUCUAGGAUAUACUCUAGAAAAAACAUUGCAAUAAUUUUUCGUGUGUCCGUACAAGAAUUUAAUCUCACUUAUUACAUUGUCGACGUAUAUAUCCGUUCAAGUCCUGAUCCCGACAUUAGUGUAUGAUGUCAGUAUACAUGAAUGAAUAAUUUAACGUUUUUUCCCAGUCAGUGGUAAUUUGAUGGGAAUCUGAUAAGGGCGACAAGGAUCAAACAAGAGCUUAAUAUGGUAUGGAUAUAUCCGUUUUCACUUUUACUGGAAACAAGGAUAUCUGGCCUGACUUGACUGUAAAGAUGACGUUUUUUUCUCACUCAGUGUAAGGUUAAUAUAAGAGUGAUAAAGUUGACAAUGAUCUGGUUAACUGUUUAAAAACUUUUUAGGGAUGCAUCAGUCAUAAAUUUUAGUGGAAACAAUGGUAUCUGAUAUUCGCUGACAAAAGUUAUGAUAUCAUUCAACAGUGAUACUUAUAUUAUCGAUGUAAAAUCAUCAAACAUAAAAAGUGCAUUAAAUCACGUUGAUGACGUAUAUAUCCGGCAUUGUCUAAUUUCUCCAUGAAUAGUGUGUGUGUCUAGUUCUUUACACAUUUAAUCAAAAAUCAUCAGACAUAAGUGCAUUAAAUCACGUCGAUAGCGGAUAUAUCCGUCAAAGUCUAAUUUCUCUAUAAAUAGUGUGUGGGACUAGUCCGUUAUGCUUACCAUAUCUGUGUAAAUAUUUAAUAAAGAGGUCAUUGUUCGUUAUGACAUGAGUCAAUUAUAUGGACGCAUCAGUCAUCAAUUUAAGUGGAAACAAGAGUAUCUGAUAUUCGCUGACAAAAAGUUAUAUCAUUUAACAGAUUGUACUUAUAUUAUCCAUGUAAAAUCAUCAAACAUAAAGAGUGCUUUAAAUCACGUAGAUGACGGAUAUAUCCGUCAAAGUCUAAUUUCUCUACGAAUAGUGUGUGGGACUAGUCCAUUACGAACCCCUUCCCAUAUCAGUUGGCCCAACGUUAGAUUAAUAAGAAAAUUAAAUUUUAUAGAACAAAAAUAACUUUUUCAUUUCGCUCCACAAAGUCUCUAUCGGGGACAAGUCGUGACUGUUAGAAACCCAUUCCAGAAGUGGUAAGCCAUGGUCUUGAAUCCAUUUUACUCUUUUUUGAAGUAUGACAACCUACGCCGUCUUGUUGGAAGACAAAAUCUUCCGCUUAUGUUAAACGGUGUUCCAUAAUUGGUAAUAGAAAUUCUUCUAAAAUAUUCAAAUAUCUAUCCGUAUUUAUAAUCCCAUCAAUAAAAUGUAACUUUUCCACACCUCUAGAGACAUGCUGCCCGAGAUCAUGACAGAUGAAGGAAAUUUGACUUUUCCCUUCAGACAGUCGGGAUGGAAAGCUUCCUGGACUCAUCACUUCAUUGUAUUGAAUCCCAUUGCGACUGAGUCCAAUCUGUAUGCUCUUUUGACCAUCUUAGUCUAUUUUUCUUUUGUUGUAAUGUUAAAAGGGACUUCUCCUUAGCCUAAAAUAAAAUGAAAUUUAUUAAAAACAAUUCGUACUAAUUUUUUCAACUAUAAGACUUCCUUUGUAAGUACCAAAUCCUAAUUUGUGGGCCUUUCGGUGACAUGUUGAUCUAGAAAAGUGUCUUCCAAUAUCGUCACUCCAUAAAACGCUUAACUCCAUAUAAUUUGCUCGUCGAUUUUUCACUAUAAUGCGUCUUAAUGCCCUUCGAUCUGCUUCGGUUAUCUUACUUUUUCGUACACUAUAGCGUGACAAUUGCAACAUAUUUGCGAUUUCUGAAUUGGAUUUUCCAGAAUUAAAUUCUGGAAUUCCAAAAAUAAUACAUUGUUGUGUUGUUUGGUAGCAAACUCCCCAGAAAACUGUCAAUUGUCUCACGCCAGGAUGACAUCUCUCGUGUUAUCUGUCAUUUGUUACAUUUUCUUGUCAUCUGUCAUUUAUUUGGUGCCGUAGUUUCCUUGUGUCUUACAUGUGAAUGUCUUGUGACAUUGGGAAUGUGAUUUUUCUGAUGAUUGGUUCUGUUAGACAAGGCAGUUUGAAGAAUGAAUUAUAAAACUUAAAAAAUUUACCCUUUGUUGGACUCUAAGUACAUCCUGCGAAUCUCCUGCACAUCUAAAGUUGAAGUUUUUUUGGAUAAAACUACAAGAAUCAAAAUUAUUUUUUUAGACACCCAGAAAUUUAGAAUUUCUUGGUCAUAUGUCAUUUGUACAAUCUCAUAUGCUCAAUACUUAGUAGUAUUAAUAACUUAACCAAAGAAUAAAACUUAUUUAACAAUUCAGUGACUGUAUUAAUGAUAGCUUGAGUAUGCUUGGGCCUGGUUUAUUCCAAAGUAGUAAUGUCAAAUAUUUAAAGAUCGGUUGGGAAAUAAAACUGAUAUUAAAGAAAGCAGAGAAAUCUAUGGUGUUAAGUUCUGGAUGGCUGGAUGGUGGUUUCUUAACAUGGACUUUUAAAUUUUUAGUAUAUUGGAGCAGGAAUGUUAUAUUCUGACUGUUUUUUUUUUGUUUUAGAAGAUAUAAGCAAGAGCGCUCUGUAAUAGUAGUACACCUAUUGAUCGUUUUAUUAUCAAUAUUGUUGUAGUUUGACCGGAAUUUCUGACAAUAUCUUAAUGCUACAUGAGGCUAGGAAUAUAUGCUCCGUUUAACUUUCAUAUGGAUUCGGCAUGUAUAGGAAAUCUGCAGAACGAAUUUAAAAUCCAGAAAAGCCAUCAGCCAUUCAAGCUCGCUUAAAGAAACUAUAGUUUUGGAGAUAAACCACGCCCGAUCGAAGAAUUUUGUUGUUGUUUUUGUUGAUUGUUAAUUUUUAUUUAAACUCGUCAUUUAUGCUUCUCCAAACUUCCAAGAAUUCUUUCGAAAUGCUUAUAAUGCCAAAAUUUACCUUUAAUGUACAUACAUUACGUAGGAAAUACCAAGAUGAUUAUAUUGAAUAUAACGGAGCUUUUAUUGUACAUAAACUUUAUCACUUAGAUCAAUUUUUACUAUAAGUGCACAGUGAGUCCGCGAAAGCUCUGUUCCAGCUGUACAUAGGAUAUAAAGAUUAAUGCAUAGGUACGAGUGUAGACCUUAAAGACAUUUGUGGCUGUUUUUUUUUUGUUUAAUUGAGAUUAACUAGAUGCUUCAUGUUUUCUUCAUAGCAUAACUCUGAGAUUUUGUACAUAUUUCUUAAUAUAGGAAUUAAAAGUACUAGUAUUGUUGUAACAUAAGUACAUAACAAAAAACACUAAAAGAUGUCGCUCUAUUAGAGACUACUAAUCAUAAAAAUCAAUAAGAAAGUAUAGAAAGCAGUAGUUCCAUAAAGAGGCUGUAAAAACUGCAAAAAUUGUAAUUUUUUUUACCUCUAGCAGCUUUGUGAGAAAACAUGAGGCAUCUGUAACUUAAUUGAUGGAUCUCACUACCUUAAUAGACUAUUUUUGUUAAAGACAUUAGCUACUUCUUAAGCCGCCACGAAUUCAAGUCGGUUAGCUUUAAAUUUAAAACGAGCAGCUUUAGGCCGUUCUGGCACAUGGUCAAAAGCUAACUGGUGAAAGUAUCAUCCGGAACACAUUUGUAAUAGAAUAUAAGCCUAUUUGUAACGUACUUAUUCUUUUUCUUCUCCAGAAAGUAAAUAAUUUUGAGAUGCAUUU